AUGAAGUCAUUUGGAUCCACCAUCGGCCGGAACUUAUUUUCUACCGAGACAUGUCCGGUUAGCGACCAAACGGAGCCCAUGGAGGAUUUGGAGUGUCUAAAGGCCCGAGAAACCGCGCCCAAGGCCUUGGUUCAACAAGGUAGAGUCCUAGAUAAUGUUUGGAGCUUCCUUGGUGCAAUUCCAGCCCAUACACGACCCUCAAACAAAGGAGAGUCGAGGGUUUCUAGGGUUGGCCGUCAGAGAGAGAAGCCAGAGGAAGCUGCGCCGUCCAGGAGGAAGAGAAAGGAGGCGCCGUUCAAGACCCUUAGCACAACAUACAAUCUUUGCUUUCUUUUCUUUUCAUUCUUUUGUAUUGGAUCUAAGAGUUUCAAGGGAGAAUCCGACUUUGUUCAUCAAUAG